CCACACAACAAAACCCUAGCGUAGUCGCAGCACACUAUAUAAAAGGGACUCGAUCCCAAAACCCUAGGUUUCAGAUCCUUAAUCGGCCAGGACCAAACAGCAUCCGCGGCAGCGACGGUAACCCUCCAACAACAACACUUCCGCUGCGAAAAAUGUCUCUGGUGGCGAACGAGGAUUUCCAGCACAUUCUGCGUGUGCUGAACACCAACGUGGAUGGGAAGCAGAAGAUAAUGUUCGCAAUGACCUCCAUCAAGGGUAUUGGAAGGAGAUUCGCCAACAUCGCUUGCAAGAAGGCUGAUGUUGACAUGAACAAAAGGGCUGGUGAGUUGACUGCUGCUGAGUUGGAUAGUGUGAUGACUGUGGUGGCGAACCCUAGGCAGUUCAAGAUCCCAGACUGGUUUUUGAACAGAAAGAAGGAUUACAAGGAUGGCAAAUACUCUCAAGUUGUGUCUAAUGCUCUUGAUAUGAAGCUCAGGGAUGAUCUUGAGAGACUCAAGAAAAUCAGAAACCACCGUGGUUUGAGGCAUUACUGGGGCCUUCGUGUCCGUGGUCAGCACACCAAGACUACUGGCCGUAGGGGAAAGACUGUUGGUGUCUCUAAGAAGCGUUAAGCUAUUAUGUUUGGCUUGGAGAUUAGAUUUUGUUGAGAAGGAAAGUUUGAAGUACACUAGACAUGUUUUGCAUCAUACCAACUUUGUAUCCGUCGUUAAAUGGCUUGACAAUUUCAAUUUUGUUUGUUAUUUGCAUCAAGAUUCAGUUUAGUUAAAUGAUGUGUUGGUUUUCUUAGUUGUAGAGAACCCUGAAUAGUAUUAUUGAAAUAUUACGAAUUCAGUUUGAUCCUGGAAGGGAAA